AUGGGCAACGAAGACCUUAUCAUCCCCGACUUCGUCCAGAAGUACCUCGACACCCCUGACGGCAAGGCCAGGGUUGAGCAAAUGCUUAAGCAGGAGGCGAUCGCCAGUCCCAUCCCCACUCCGAACUUUGGUUCUCCCGCUCCUACCCGCAACUUUGUGGAGCCCCCUGGCCUCGGCGCUACCGGUCCCCUCACAACCACUAGCACCCCCACAACCACCAAGACCUACACAACUGGUUACAUCACCGGCACCGGCGCUGCUGUUUGCGACCUGUCGAAAAUGAAGUCCGACUUCAAACAGAUGGACAACGUCGUGAACAAGUUGAAGUUGGCCAACAAGGACACCCUCGAGGGCCUUGCCCAUCUCACCCAGCAAGCUCAGCGUGUCGAACAGGCUCUGAACGCCGUCUCCAAGGGUAUCCAAGACAACUUGAACGCUGCCGAAGCCAUCCAAGAGAAACUCAAGAAACCCGUCCCCGCUGCCCCUGUUCCUACUCCCGAUCAGAUCAAGGACGCCGCCAUGAAGGGUGGUUGGAAGCCCAAGAAGGACAUCUUUGAGUAG